AUGUUCCUCCGCCGCCUGGUGACGUCAUCAUCGCUGGCCUCCAGAAGCCUCUCAUCCACCGUCCAAUCGCGUGUCGGAAUUCCGUUUGUAAUCGAUAACGAGGGAAAAGGCGAACGCACUUAUGACAUUUAUUCGAGACUCCUUCGUGAUCGCAUCGUUUGUCUCAUGACGCCGGUGGAUGACUUCAUCGCCUCAGCUCUCAUCGCUCAGCUAUUGUUCCUGCAAAGCGAGAGUGGCAAAAAGCCAAUUCAUAUGUACAUUAAUAGUCCAGGCGGAAGUGUGACCGCGGGUCUUGCCAUCUACGACACAAUGCAAAUGAUCAGUGCGCCCGUUGCCACGUGGGUCAUCGGACAGGCUUCGUCAAUGGGAUCGCUCCUGUUGGCCGCUGGAGAGAAAGGAAUGAGAAGCGCUCUGCCUAAUGCGCGGAUUAUGGUUCAUCAGCCGAGUGGAGGGGCUCAGGGAACCUGCUCGGACAUUGUCAUUCGCGCGGAAGAAAUUACUCGUCUUAAGAAGCGACUCAAUGAAAUUUAUGUCCACCACACUGGAAUUAGUUAUGAUGAAAUCGAGCGAACCCUCGACCGCGAUCGUUUCAUGAGCGCUCAGGAGGCGCUGAAAUUCGGACUGGUCGACAAAAUCGAGACUCACAGCGGAUCGAUGCCGUCGGACUGA